AUGCCUUCUGUCGAGAGCACUCCAGUCUCGCGAGCUGGCAUCACCACCUCCGCCACUGGCGAACGUCACAUUCCCUCGUCAGUCCGCCCUGACGGCUCGGUUCGCAAGGAAAUCCGCGUGCGCCCGGGCUACCGACCACCGGAGGACGUCGAGCUUUACAAGAACAGGACCGCGGAAGGCUUCAGAAACCGGGGCAAAGCCGGUGUGCCGGGUGCCGAGGCCUUGAAGAAGGAAGAAGAUCCUGCCAAGACAGGCAACGCAGCCAACAAGAAUGCCAAGCGCAGGGAAGCCAGGAAGAAGGCUGCCGCCGACAAAGACGAGGAGACGCCUGCCGCGCCUGCGAAAUCUGCCGAGCCUGUUGAGCCUGUGGAGCCUGCAAAACCUGUUGACCCUGAGGCCGAAAAGGAGAAGGAAGCUAAGAAGCUUGUCAAGAAGCUGCGACAGGCGCGCGAGCUAAAGGACAAGAAAGAGAAAGGCGAAGGACUGCUGCCAGAGCAAUUUGAGAAAGUCAUCAAGAUCAACGAGCUCGUUCGGCAGUUGGAGAAACUUGGUUUCGACGCACAGGGCGAGAAGAAGCCAGCUGAGACUUGA